CGGUCCUCGGCCGCGGAUCUUGCGAUCUUUGACACUUUAAAGGAGCGUCGCUGAUGGGCUCCUGAGAGAUUUCACGACCACCUGAAAAAAAGAUGACGAGUUAAUCUCGAUUCCCUGAGAUUCGCGGAUCGAGAGUUUCGAGUCAAGAGACAGUUCGUCUGCGCGAAUAGUUGUUGCAAACAAAAACGAAUCUGCGAGUUCAACAAUUACGAGCGAUCCACAGGGGAGUGGAUCGAAGAGUCGCAGUCACGGGCAACUUGCUGCACUCGACAACGGGUUGGUCGAGAUACCAACGAAUGAUGCACCUAGGUAUCUCGCUCGUGGCUCGUCUCGAAACAUCGUAGGUCGACGACAGGUUUCCAAAUAGGACGAAGGACGCAUCUGCGAGCGCACCCGCGAUGAACAGUGAGACAACAGGUUGAACAUCUUCGAUACACACCGAGCAGCAAUUAACGCGAAGCGCUGACGAUCGGGCGCGCAUCCUCACGGUCGGUCGGACAGACAGACAGGCGGCUGGGACGAAGAUCCCUUCGGAACGAGGAUUUAAUGGCGGUGUUUUGCAGUUAGCCGCCAAUCAGUGCAGCUCGUUUGCAGUGGGGCUCGCAGCAGCGGCCGCCGAGUUCGGCGGAAAUUAUUCCGUCAAGAUCGCAAUCGCGCGCUCGCGCGAGAGCAGCCCGGCCCGGCGAUCAGGUUUCGCCGCGAGAAGAAAUCUCACUCUUCCAGGCGCGCGUUCUCCGUCGCGCUGCGCUGCGCUGCGCUGCGCCGCGCUGCGCCGCGUCGCGCUGGAGAAAGAUCGCCGAGCACUCACCACGAUCCUCGGCUCGAUUCUCGCGAGAGUCGGGACCGGGAGAACUAAUUAUGCGAACUGGUGGGCACUGUGGGCCGCAAAAUGAGACGUGAAACGGCGCCGCGUCGCGUCGCGGGCGGAACAAGAGGAACGCCCUCGCCCACGGGAAGAAGAGGACUCGCGGAAAUCUUCUCGGAGAAGAGGAAUCGAUCCCCAUUGUGAUCGGCAUUAGCGCGAGAGCUAGAGCGGAACGAAGCGAGACACCAGCAGCAGUAGCAGCAGCAGCAGCAGCGGGGUCAUCCCGCCGUCGCCGAGUCGAGCAGAGUCAAGCAAAGCCGCAAUUACCUCUCUUUGGUUUCUAACGACCACGGCUCAUCCCGUUCGAAAAAUGAGAAAGAUGAGGACAACGUGCGGCAACAGUUCACCUGUGGCCCUGCGAUCGCUGUUGGUCGUCGCCGUGGCCGCCGCCUCAACGGUACCGGGGACCUGGAUAAACCUCGGUCUACAACACUUCCCGCAACUGGAAGCGGCGCAGACGAUGGAAACGUACGACGCGGGUGCCUCUACGAUCUGCGGCGGUCUCAAGGGCUUAUCUCAGGGCCAAGGAAAGCUCUGCCAGCUAUCGGUAGAUCACAUGUCCAGCGUGGCCAAGGGCGCGAGGUUCGGCGUCCUGGAGUGUCAGCAUCAGUUCAGCGACAGGCGAUGGAACUGCUCCACCGUGCAAGACGAGUCCGUGUUUGGUCCUAUGCUCCGAAUAGCGAGCAGAGAAACCGCGUUUGUUCACGCGAUCACCGCCGCCGGAGUGGUCUAUUCCAUCAGUCGUUCCUGCCGGGACGGUCAGCUGUCGUCCUGCGGCUGUUCCAGGAGUAGCAGGCCCCGGGACUUGAAUCGAGAUUGGAUCUGGGGUGGAUGCGGGGACAAUCUGGAAUACGGCUAUAAGUUCACGCAGGCGUUCGUGGACGUGCGGGAGCGCGAACGUAGCUUCAAGAGGGGCAGCCGGGAGCAGGGUAGGAGCCUGAUGAAUCUACACAACAACGAGGCCGGUCGCAGGGCCGUCAUCAAAAGGUCCAAGGUGACAUGCAAAUGUCACGGCGUUUCCGGAAGCUGCAGCCUCAUCACCUGCUGGCAACAGCUCGCUUCGUUUCGCGAAAUCGGUGACUUUCUAUUGGACAAGUACGACGGUGCGACAGAGGUCAGGGUCAAUCGGCGGGGCCGUUUGUCGGUGCGCGAUCCGAGAUUUUCUGUGCCCACUGCCAACGAUCUCGUCUAUCUGGACGACUCGCCGAACUACUGCCUUCUGAACGAUACUCUGGGGUCACUAGGUACACAGGGCAGAAUAUGCAACAGGACGUCGUCUGGUAUGGACGGUUGCAAUCUACUCUGCUGCGGCAGAGGGUACAAUACGCAGAAGUCGACCGUCAAAGAGAGAUGCGAGUGCAAGUUCCACUGGUGUUGCUACGUUGAGUGCAAAACCUGCGUGAGGAAUGUCGAUAUCCACUCCUGCAAGUAGAGUGCA